GGUAAGACGGUGCUGCUCUGGAAGUCUUGCCUGUAUAAUUUAGGCGCUUCAAUUCUAAUCUCGUCACCUCUACAGUGUCCUUCUGCAUACAAACACACUACCGGCUCAAAUAUAAAAAGGCAGCGGAGACGUGCUACUGCACUCGAUCCCACCGAGCAAUUCAUCGCUUUUGUUUUUUGAUUUUUUCCCCCUCGGUGCAGUGUUAGUUAAUCUAUCCAAUCGCUAUCCUUUAAUUAUAAGAGUUGCAUAAAGUAAUUGCACUGCGGAACCGUGGCGCCAUUGACUGUAUUCAGUUACUUAAGAACAUUAAUCAAGUGGAAAACCAUUUUUAAUGGACAUCGCACAAUUUUCUUUUGAAACGAGACAAGGAAUUGACACGUUGUUGCAACAUGUCGCAUUUACCUGAAUGUUAUUUCAGAGGAUAGAAAACGGAAUUGUUUCUUUGACAUCUGGAUUGGAGCCAGGGCCAUAUGUUUAGGUAUAAUGCCUUCCUUAUCUGAUCUGAAAACCUUUAAAUUCGUGCCCGAUGGCAAAAGUCCGUGGGUACUUUGUCACCAGAGCAAUUAACAGGUAUGUUGUUGCGCCGAUCUAACAGGUAUCUUCCGGAUUAGGAUGGCCAGCGUAAGCUAAUGUAUCCAUUGGUGUGUAUCAAUAUGUAUCAACCAUCCGUAAGCAGAUCUGCAACUGCGCCAGGAUGGAGCGUCCUCAACGCUGGAGAUGACGCAAAUGACCCAGCUCCACCAAAAAAGUGUUUCAAGACGAACAUGGCGGCAACUUAACACAGGAACCAAGAUGACUGUUGCUGUCGAAGAACAGAUCCAAGGCGCUCUGCCCGAAAACGUAAAGGAGAACAUUUUUUCUGAAGCUGUAGGACCUUAUUUUCUUACAACAUAAAGCCGGAAUCGGCGGGUGGAGGCAGACCACAGCUGGUCCACGGGAAAGGGAGAGAGAUCAGCCUAGGAGAGACGCAGGGAGAAAGGCAUGCUGUCACUGGGAACUGUGUUUUUCUCCGGAGAGCCAUGCAGAAAGGGGAUGUGACAAUGCAUGGCUUAAUCCUUUUCAAUGCACUAACUUGUCGGGAAUAGCAGAGCAUCGCCGAGCGAAGCCGGGACCUCUUCUAUUGAAUCGUUUAAGAGGAAGAUAAGACGAGGCAAACCCCCCAAAGUCAAUGAAUAUUGUGGCAAAGAAGCCCUCACGGUGGAGUCGGCCAGUGCUGCGCUUUUCCAAAAUAUGACCAGAGGUGCUUGGAUGUGUCGACAGCAAGAUGACGGUUUAAAAAUCUGGCUUGCUCCCCGAGUGAACGAAAAGCCAUUUACAGAUCCAGAAAGGGCCCAGAAAUGGCGACUGUCCUUAGCAUCUCUCCUUUUUUUAACGGUUCUGCUCUCUGACCACUUGUGGUUCUGCGCCGAGGCGAAAUUAACACGGACUCGGGACAAGCUGGACAAGUUAGCAUUCGCGGACAUGGGCGAUUACCCAGCAGAAAAGCAUAUGUAUUCACCCAGCCUCCAUUUCCCACACGGCAGCCUCAGAAAAAGCGAAAAUGUUAUUUUUAUAGGAAAUUCUACUGGACGUUUCUGGCGGCCAGAAACUUGCCACCCCGACAGCUUAUCAAAAAACUGCUUUACUUUUGAUGACGCUGAACCUUUGUGCAGGAGUCUGUCUGACACCAAGGGGACGCAGUCGGUAGAUUUAAAUUUAAGCGAUUUAUACCUUUCUUUUUGUAACUCCUAUUCCCUUCUGGAUUUGUUUUACGGGUUAUCUAGUCUGGACAAUUUGAACUGCAGCCUUGACACGGUUACGGAUGGCGAUGUAGCAGGAUGCAGCCAGUGCGUCCAGGCGUACCAGCGCUACGACCAGCAUGCUCAGGAGAAAUACGAAGAAUUCGAGGUCCUGAUUCAGAAAUAUGAGACGGAUGCAUAUUCAGUGAGGACAUGCAUGGAGGAAUGCAAGAUGGUCUACAAAUCCUGGCUUUGCUCCCAGUACUUCCAGACGACACAGAUGCAUUGCAUUAACAAGAUCCCAUGCAAGCAAUAUUGCCUGGAGGUUCAAAAGAGGUGUCCAUUUAUAUUGCCAGACAAUGACGAUCUCAUUCACGGAGGAAGCCCAAGUUUUAUAUGUACAGGGCUUUUAGAAAAUCAUCUGUCCAACUCCAAGGCAGAGUGCUGCGACGUCCGAUGGGAUUUUAAACCCAAUAACCGUUCCGAAGGGACGGUAAAAAGGACUCAUCCCUCGUGCUACCACAAGACUUCAGUCACCACCUCGGCGGCAUCCAGACUCUGUAACACUAGGCUGAAACUCUGCAUGCUGGUCCUGGUGCUUUUACACACCAUCUCCACGUUGACUGCAGCACAGAACUCCAUGGGCCUUGACUUCUGGGCCGUCACCACGGUGGAAGAAGGUUCCGGCGAGGAGUGACGGAAAAGUGCUCCAGCUCGGGUAAACUUGCCAGGCCUCACGCGCGUAUUCUCUUCUUUUUUCUUUUUUUUUUUGCAAUUCUGGCGGCCGCAGAAAGAACCACAGAUGGAGAAUGGCAUCUGCCGAAGUCUCCCUGACUAUGGAGCGGGAUUUGCGACUGGGAGUGGAGAUGGUGGAGCGGAAAUAAAAGAAAAAAAAUGACAAGAACAAGACAACAGCACAGCCAUCGCUGUGACUAAUCCUUCUCUGAGACUGAGUUCUCUCACACGAUUUUAUACAUUAUGCUUAACUUUUUGGAUUUUUUUUUUUUUGCCUAGAUUACAACAGGAUUUUCUUUGUCUUCAGAUAUAUUUUUUUGUUAAUGAGUAACUUAGAAGAAAGGGGAUGAUUAUGGGGAACAUGGGUUGUUAGCCAAACAUGAAGCGAAAGCGAUCUUGUCCAGCUGGUAACUCUCUGUGCAUUUUCUCUUAUCUCAUUUGUAAAACUACACAUGGAUGCUGCUGCUUCAUUUUAAUGUUGUGGUAAAAUUGGGGGUUUAUUGUUAGUAUGUCCAAUGCAGAGACAAACAGUCACACAGAGACACCCAUUGAACCCAGCGUUCAACCAACCAUAGCCUGACUUGAGUCAGUAUAAGCCCUAAGCAUACAUAAUCCUGGUGUUGCCCGUUGACACGGAGAUCAUGCAGAUCCCCCUUUAUGUUACGGUACUUUUCAUAACACUGGCUGAGUUUUGCAGCCUUGUCUUACCUGGAAACGAAACAGAUCAGACAUAAUGUGCUUUGUGAGUGUCUUGUGCUCCUCUGGAAGUCUUAGAGGUGUUGGUCAGGCUAAAUAAUUGGGUGUUGAUAAAAAUAUAAACAUAGGCUCUUAGUCAACAUGUCUCCUGUCCUCGUGUGCUUGGUUAGAAGAUGUUCUGAGUGCCUCACAGACAACAUCCUUAGUCUGGGUUUCACCGACCGAUACAGGGUGACACAGAAAAUGCUACCAAAAAAACAGAAUAACAAUUACUAAGCAUUAUACUGAACAUUGGGGAUUUUAUAACAACAGACACCUCAGAUUGGACAACUGAAAGGGUCUCAUUAUAUAUUAAUGUGCCACAGAAAGGCCUUGUGGAGAAGCCCUUGAUGUUAGCUGUGAUCUUCAAGGUUUGCGGGUCGCAGUCCUGUUGCCAUAUGGCAUCUGCUGUGUUUAUUCCAUGCAGCGUUCUUGGCCAAGUCAGCUUACGUGAUUGAAAUUUUGACUUCCUGGUUUGUUCUGGUGGUUCCACCUCAGAGGUUCUUAACAUAGGGUUCUGGUUUUUGCUGCUAAUGUUUUACCAUGUAUGAAAAUGAAGACAGAUGAGUGAGGUGGAGAGAGGCAGCUUUUUGCAAAACGUUUUUGGUUGCUGGUAAGUUGUUGCUGUGAUGAUAAUAAUGGAUUGCAGCAUUAAGGUGGAUUGAACCCUGCCUGACUUUUCCUUCUGUGUGAGUCACGCACUUUCCCACAUGGACUACAUGAACAGUCCUACUUCAGUGGCGUUGACGAUGCAAGGAAAUGGAGACAUUUUGAUGGAGAGGCCAAUGCGUCAAAAUGUAAUUCGGGUUGCACAAUGUGACCAAGAAUUACCACUACUUAUUCAAAAAAAAAAAACAUAACUACCCCUUCUGUAUUUCAUCUUCUUAUUUUGAGCAUCUUGCAUUGAGCAAAGGGCUUUUAUGAUGUUUACAUACCAGAAGAGAACAUGAGAAAACACCUACAGGUUACCAUAAACUCACAAAUAAAGACACGCUCUUACACUUGUGCCCAUACGCAUGUACAAAGGCCUUGGUCCCUCAGCUAGAAUGACAUAUUAAGAAUGAGCCUCAGAAGAUCUGACACUUCUCUCAUGUUUUGCUUUACAAGAAGUAAGAAGAAUGCAGUUUGAAAGGCAUUCAGCUAUGCCUGGAGGUUAGAUAUAAGGGCUGUAUUUUUUCCUGUUUGUUUCAAACAGUCUUUGGUGGUGUGAGGUUACAGGUGCUUGCAGGGCACAUAACAGAGAGGAACAAUCAACAAAGUUAGCGCAUUAGCACGCACGAAACCUUAGUAUGAUGUGGUCACUGCGCAUGGAAUCGCAUUUAAACCAGCAUCAUGGAUCUCAGAACAUGGAAUUUCUACUUUUUAAUAGUUAAGCAUUACUGCUACAAGUGUAAAAUUGCUAAACUGAUAUAUAAUAAAGUCUAAAAAUAAAAGGAAAUCUGAAACGCUAAAUGAACAUUCCUGCCCUUAUAAAUAUUAUUUAGCCAGCAUUUAUGAAUGCAAUGUCAAAAGUCAUUUUUUUAAACUGUACAUCGGAGUAAAGAAAGUUUAACAUAUACUCUGGCGCUUUUAACUGACUAUGUGUUUUGUAAAUAAAAUGAGAGGUGAUUUUUGCCAAGGAAGCAAUACCAUGUGGUCAUUCCUCUGUAGCAAAAAGCCCCCAUUUAGGUUCCUGUUUGUCUGAUAAACCUGCCUACUCAGUUCACUCCUCUCCGUUUUCAUCUAUAUAUUUGUUUUUAAUCUACCUCUCUCCAACAAAGGACGGCGACUCAGCACGUGUCCCGGCUACUCACAUCGACCAGACGGAAAACAAUAGCACAGAUCGCGAUUACCCCAAUGCUCGUUAAAACUAUUGUGUCACACACUGCACCUCAGCCCCGCAGAUCGCACGGUUUUUGAUAUGAUAGAGAUGUGGUGGGGCGGAAUAGUUUUUUCUUUAUUUUUACCAGUCAGCUGGUGGAAGCGCCAGAGCUCGAGGUGAUUCAUUUGUCUCAGUGCGUCGCUCUCAAAGCAGAGUGACGGAAGCUGGCUACAGCAGUAUUUUACACAGGACUGAGAUUCUUAAGCUAUGCAAAUGAAAGCUUGGUCAUCAUCAUUGCCCGUUUAACAGUAAUGAAACUGCUAUAGAACACAUAAUAGUCGGUAACUUGUUUUCCGUAAGUGUGGGAGGGUGACUUAAUAAAAAUUGAGAAAUUAAGGAUACUGAAUACAGCAUGAUGGACGAUGUAGACUAUGGGUAUUUCCUGUUAAAUUCACGUUCAGGGUAUGAAUAAGUAAAAAAAAAAUCACCAAAGGCCCUACGGGAUUUUUAUUAAGCUGGGGGCAUAAGAUGGGCCAUAAUUCAUAAAGAGGAACCAACCUAAUCAUUAGCCAAUGAUAUGUUUAGAAUUGGUGAAUGACAGGAGAGGGGGCACCCCAGGAGCGAAUCAUCUUUCAGUUUGGCCCACUGAUCCGUGACCCUGCCCCUGUAUGAGCCCUUGUACAGGAGAAAUACUGGUUCUGAGAUCAAGGGACAUGGGACCUAUUGAUGAUUUAAGAGAGAUCAACAAAAAGUAUAUUCCCAUGCACAUUCCUUGGGAUUAAGGGAGAGCUGCACGAUAUUACGAUUCUGCUGAAAUUAACCCUGUUGUUUACACUGCAAGCAUGAAAGAAACGACAUAGUUUAUGGUUCUGAUUUCAUUUGUAUGUAUGUUUCGAUCUCCUUGUUUUGUGUGUGCUUUAAAUAUUUGCCUUGAUUUAUUGAACCUUGUGAAAGCCAUUGCAGAAGCCCAGCUGAAAGACGUCCCCCCCCACCUCGCACAACUUCUUUACAUUAAGCAGGCAUUUAGCAGAAUCCGAGACACUGCACUAACUAUGCAAAUGUCUCUGUAAAGUUCACUGUAGCCAAGCCAACGCAAAACAGUCCGGAAUGCAAUUUGCCGACAACCUUUUCUCGGCCUGAAGUGGAAGUUUUCAUUUAAGUUUAUACAUAGUGUAUAUUGGGUGGGUCACACUCGUUUUAUCCAGUACACAGCUUUCAUGAAUGAAUGUAAAAAUGAAUGCCUACUUAAUGCAAAGUGCUACCAAAAAGUAAAACAAAAAUACAAUCAAAAAAUAUCAUGUUCGCGGAAAUGUGUAUUUUUUUAAUAUUCAUUGACAGUAGGGACAGUCGUUUCGUGUUGUCAUUUGGGUAAGCGAUUUUUGGAUUUUAUUUUAUUUUUUAACUGUUAUUUUAUAAAUCCUGUUGAUCUAUGCACUGCAGUCUUUUCUGUUUUAGAUAUGCUACAAGAUCGCUACCUAACUUUUUUUUUUCUUUUCUCUUUGGUCACUUUCAUUUCGUUUAUUUUUAUGACGC